AAAAAAAAAAAAAAAAAAAAAAAGACUCGAAGAAAACACACCAUAAAUCAAAAAAAUUUAUCGAUUUUUUUUUUCAUUGCACACUUUCAUCAAAAAACAACGCCAAACAAUAAAAAAAAACAACAAACCAAAAACAAUAUUAAAUGACUAUACUAUCCUCAACAAAUCAGUUGCCGUCGUUACCAUCUCUUUUCUUUAAACGAGUUAGUCACGAUGAUGUCGAUUGGUCAAAUAUAAACACCAGCAGUGCAAUAUUUAAGGAAGAUUACAAUCAUCAAUUUUUCAACCAAGACAGUUACAAUAAGUUGUCAACGACAAGAGACAUUUUAUUGCCACCUAUCCUAACAAGCCCAACAACUCAACAAUCAACAAAUGCUGCAUCAUCACCAGUACCUCCUUCUCCUCCUUAUUCAACCUGUUCAUCCGCUUUAUCUGUUUCAUCAUUUCCGUCAUCACCAAAUUCUUCAUCCGGAAACUCUUUUUCUUCUUAUACAACAAAAAAAGGUUCCAUUCAAUCCCUGUUAAAUUCUGGCUCUGAGCUGUUAGCACUCGAAAAAGAAGAACUUGUUCAUGGUUAUCAGUUUUUUCUUCCUGGUCAAGAAAGAAAAAGAAGAUCUUGGUCCUGUAACACAUCCACGUCGCCCAUCACGAUUAAAAAACAAAAAAUGCUUCCAGUAGAUCAAGAGGAUACUCGACAAAUUAAAGGAUUGAGAUUGUUCUCAAAACAAGUAUGUGAUAAGGUUGCAGAGAAGAAGACGACAACUUACAACGAGGUGGCAGAUGAGCUAGCAGCUGAUAUCCAAAGAAACAAUCACAACAAUACUGUUGGCAUCGAUCAAAAGAAUAUCCGCAGACGUGUUUACGAUGCUUUAAAUGUAUUGAUGGCAUUGGAUAUCAUUACCAAAGACCGAAAAGAAAUUAAGUGGCUUGGUAUCAACAACAGUGAACAGGAUAUAUUAGAGCAAGAAAUUAAAUUUGAAGAAACACGUCAAAAAAUGUUACUCGCUUCAAUCCAAAAGAGCAAAAGUUCCAACAAUGACACCUGGAAUAGCUUGAAUAAAUUGAAACAGCUUGUCCAAAGAAAUCAGCAUGAACAUCGACGUCAACAAAUCGUUCAACUGCCUUUUUUUUUAAUUCAAUCUAAAUCUGACAUCGAUACUCAUCUUAACCAAGGACACGAAGCUUGUUUGACCACUUCAUCUGCCUUUUCAAUUUAUCAUGAUGUCGAUAUCUUAGCUAAAAUUUGGCCGCCAUUCACCACGGUUUCAUAAACAUAAACAACACCAUACCAUUCCUUUUCUUGUCAAUCGUUUGAUCAUGGCUUUUAAAUUUAUAUUUACAUAGUAUCUUUCUUUUUUAUAUAUAGUACCCUAUUAUUCUACAAAUGUUCCAGAUAAUCACACACACACAUAUAUAUAUAUAUACAAUUAUACACACACACACACACACCCUCCUUUUAUUUUUAUCAAUCCCUGUAUGACCU